CAUGGUCCAUUGACAAAUCGUCCAAAAAUAAUGAGUUGAACAAUUCAAAGUCUGCGCUAUUGGCAAAAAAAACAUGAGAGAGAGAGGUAGAGAGAGAAACAGGGAUUCAAGCUACAGGCUCCAUGCAAGAUCGGGACGAGCAGCACUGAGCAGAGAGUAUGCAGGAUCACAAGGGAGAAGCAGACAAAGGAGGUCAGUGAAUACAGGGUACAGGAAAGUUAGCAGAAGUAAGAAGUUCAACCAUGAUUGGGGGUACAACAAAGGAUUGUAUAAACAGGCUACAACCUUUUUCUUCUCAAAUAUCCCAAAUGAUUGGAACUACAAUGACAUGUGGACAACUUUCGAUAGAUAUGGCAGGUUGAUAUCAAUCUAUAGUCCGCAAAGAAGAAGUCAAUCUGGAAGGAGGUUUGGUUUCCUCAAGUACAUUGAGGUAAGAAAUGUGAGGGAUCUGGAAGAGAAACUGGACCAAAUCUGGGUUGCUGGGCGGAAAAUAUGGGUUAACAUUGCCAAAUACACUGAGGAGAAGAUUGUAGCCAAGAAGAAAAGUCUACACUCAAAUCCAUCUAUUGUGGUAGAAGGGAAAUCCUAUGCAGAUGCUGUUAAAGGCCAGGAGGAAAUGAAAUAUGGCAAAACAGGGUCUCAACUAAAGCAGAUAAGGCCAGAGACGGUGUAUGGAAAAAAGGGAAGCAUCCCCAAAAACAGUAAAAUAGAGCAAAGAAAGAUAUGGAGAGUAAAAAACAGAGGGACAGAAUGGAGAGGAUUGGAAUACAAUGUGAAGGAAGAAGAUUAUGAGUGGCUACAAGGCUGCUAUGUUGGUAUUGCCCAUUCAGUUGAGAUGGUACCCAACAUCCAAGAGAAAUUUUAUAUAGAAGGGUAUUUCUCAUGUCGGCUAAGGGCGAUGGGAGGCAAGAUGGUUCUCAUGGAUUGCGAGGACAAAGAAGAACUAAAGGAUUUAGUGCAGGGAGCUGCAGAUUGGUUUGGGCAAUGGUUCUCUGAAGUUAAACCUUGGUCACCUCUUAUGGUGGCAAAAGAACGGUUCGUUUGGAUCAGAUGUCAAGGAACCCCUUUGCAAGCUUGGGGUCCUGCGUUCUUUGAGUCAAUGGCAGUUCCAUGGGGCAAAUUUAUAUGCCUGGAUGAUAGUACAAGUCAGAAAAGGAGAUUUGAUAUAGCAAGAUUCCUCAUAUCAACCCAGAUAAUGGACCUCAUCUCAGUCAAAAGGCAAAUUACAGUGAAUGGGGAGGUGUACUGUCUCAAGUUCACUGAGGAAGAGAUGACUAACAGUCUAUUUUCUCUGAGAUAUGAUUUCUUACCCAGCUUUAAAAGAACCAACUGGGAGAGGGCCGGGGAAGAAGAAAAAGCCGUUGAUGAUACAGUGGGCCACAGUACAAAUGACAGAAGGCACGCCGUCAGUUCAGCAAACGAGGAAGAGUUUGAAUUAGAAGAAAGAGGUGCUGAAGCGAGACAAUUUGAAAAAGCUGAAGGGAGUCCCCAAUGCCGGCUAAAAGAAUGGGAAACUGAAGAAGAAGUAGCUGACAGCAUUGACGAAGGAACAGUGAAUGAAGUUCAGGAUGGACUAGAUGAGAAAGGUAGGGAAAAAGAAGCUAGUACAAACAACCAAACUAGCUCAGACCCUAUCCAAGCAUCGAGGGAUGAGUUACGGGUUGAGCAAGCUGCACAAACAAAAGGUAAAAUGGGCCACAAACAAAAUGUUGUAAAGGGCUUGGUAGAGAGGCAAUGGGCCUGCAACAAAAUGGGAACAAUAGAAUGGAGGGGGCCCAUUCCACUAAAUAAAAAAGCAAAAAAGAAAGGGAGCAUAAUAAACAUGAAAGCUCUGGAAGAUGUCCGAAGAACCCAUAGCCGCUCGUUGAGGGCAGAUAAGGGGAUCGAAGACAGCAGCGGGAUGGAAAGGUCGAACAAAGUAGGAGAUUCUGCUCAGCGGGUGUGUGAAGAUGAAGGAAUGCAGCUGCAGAUCUCAAAGCAAGCACAUGAAGUGGGGAUUUCUGCUCAGGUGGAGCACGUAAAAGAGGAAGUGCAGCUGCAGAUCUUGAAGAAGAAGGGAUCGAAGGGGGCUAAGGAGGUAAUCUCGAUAGAGAAAGAGGGGGAUCCGGUUCAGUUGGAGCACAAACAUGAAGAAGCGCAGCUGCAGAUCCAAAAGCAGAAGGGAUUGAAAGGGGCAGAGGCAGGAUUUUUCGAAGAGCCAGAAGGGAUCCCUGUCCAGGUCCUAGUUAACAAGAACAGAAAGAAGAGGACAAAGUCAUGCCGCUCGGUGUAUCUCAAAGCACAGCUGUCAGGGGUGAUGAUUCGGAACAACAAGGGUAGAGGGAGAUCCAAGGAGAGCAAGCCAGGAAAAGUGGGUUUUCCAGAAUUUUUGUCAAAUGGAAGGGACUCAGUGGCGGGAGACUCAGUUGGGGAUAGCGGGAUUGAGAAUUGCAACCGAAUCUUAAAAGAGGAACAAAGCAGGAAAACAGCAGAAGAUCUAUGGAAUUUUGCAAAAAGAAUUGGGGUGGUUGCAGAGGAUGAGGUAGGUGUAAUUCGGGAUUUAGAGGAGAUGGAGAAAAGAGCAGAAAAGAAAAAGAAGCGGAAGGCUCCAAGGGAGGGAACAAGCAUAAGAAGAAUCUUGGAGGGGACGAACUUCAUAGGAGUUGAAGGGGUCUGGGGUGUUGAACAGUUUCCAACUAGUAUUAUUAAUGUCUACUCCCCAUGUCAACUGGGGAAAAAGAGAAUUCUAUGGGAGGAGCUAAAAGCUCUAGUAGUAGGGAGAGGUGGGAAUUGGUGUAUUAUGGGUGAUUUCAACGCUGUAAGGAAAGUGGGGGAAAGAGGAGGGAGUAGAGAAAUAUCAGCGGAAAUGAGGGAGUUUGAUAGCUUCAUCAGAGAUGUGGAAUUGGUUGAUUUACCGUUAGUAGGGAGAAAAUUUACAUGGGUACAGGCUAGUGGCCAAUCUAUGAGCAGAAUUGACAAGUUCCUGCUAUCGGAAGGAUGGUUGACUAAAUGGGGUGAUGCCAAGCAGUGGGGGCUUAAUAGGAUAGUAUCCGACCACUGUCCAAUUUUGCUGAAACAACAAGUAGUUGAUUGGGGGCCUAAACCAUUCAAAUUCUUUGAUUCUUGGAUAGAGCAAGAAGGUUGCAGAGAGCUGAUUAAAGAGACUUGGAGUAAGGCAGAUAUUCAAGGCUGGGCGGGAUACAGAAUAAAAGAAAAGCUGAAGAUGACCAAGGAGGCCCUAAGAAAAUGGAGCAAGGAAUUUGUUCCUGAGAUUGAUCACAAAAUAAAUAAUGCCACUACAGAAAUCGCCUAGAUUGAUCUGAAAGGAGAAGCGUGUUAGGUUCUCUUUGUAUUUUGAUGAUGAUUUAAAACCAUGAGUCAAAAAAGUUUAAUCUAUUUUUGUGCUAAGUGUGUAGGAAAAUUAAUCCAAGAUUUCUAA